UCAAAUAAAACUCUACCUACCGGACCCCGCUUGGAUUCGGUCGCUUUGCUCUUUCAUGCAUAAUAUUGCGUAACCUUUGGCUCAUCUCGUGGUUUUGUGUUCUUUUGUUGUUGUAGGAUAAUACUUAUUGGUUGAAACAGCGAACGAAGUAUCCCUCGGGAUGCAUUUUAUGGCCCUUACUAGAACCAAAUAUUAGAUCUAGCGUGUGGAUCUUGAAUAUUGUCUCGGGUUGAACAGCGUAAAGCUACGAGUUAACCUUUGAUCAUGAGUAGUACUACGACAAGUGAAACUACAAAACUGCACAAAGAACUCGAGACCGAGAAAGCCAACGAAGAACUGGAGUCAAUCAUGGUUGUUUAUAAUGGCAAACAACACACAGUGAAGUUUCCAAUCAACGCCAACGCAAAAGUUAUCAGUCAAAGUAUCAAGAAAGUAACAGGAGUGAAAGGGUCGUUUUACGUGCAUUUUGGCGAAAAGACAAACAACUAUUUACACUCUUCAAGCGUGACUAGUGGAAAUCUCGCUAAACUUGCAGGGCAGCCUCUCGAGCUUAGAGGUGGAAACGCAUUUAACAAAGGAGGUGAUUCUAUAUGGUACUAUAACAGUCAAGCCCUCAAACCUGAAGUUACGAAAAAGUGCAGGGAGAUGGAAAUUGUACCAUUUGAUAACCCUCCUUAACUACUGUCAUCAAAAGACUGUGGAGUAAAUGAUCAAUAGGUUAUAAGGCAUGCGGAUAUUGGCCUUCUCUCGUCUGAUUCAUUUACAACAAAUACCAUAGUGUGAAGACGUGUGCUUUUGGAAGCAUUCAAGUGUGGUUGUUCUCGUGAAGUUUGUUGAGUGAUGCAAAGACUGUCAGAGACAGCUAAGAAAAGUCAGCAGUUAAUGAAAAUAUCACCUGAAUACAGUUAAUUAUAACUGGAAAUAAACUGUCAUGAAAUAAAACAAAUUAACCCUUCAACUUCCAAGAUCUGAUUGUCAAUAAAUUCUCCCCUCUAACUGA